AUGCUGCCCAUACACGGCUCACCACCUCCAAAGACCCUGUUGUCAUUGGGGACACCCCCUUGGCUCACUCCACGCACUCCCGUGGGCGAUGUGUUUUCACUGAUGGCCGCAUUGACCAAAAAGGUCUUCCCCAUUCGUCAUGUCCCUUCUUCUUCACCCGCCUCUUCUAUCCAAGAUCAGCCUCACUUACCCACCUCUUCUCGUCGUGCCCAAGUCAUUGUGGAAAUCACGUGGCCGCCACCUCGGCCAGCUUCUCGAGCACUCCGCAAACCAUCUACUACCUCUGCAAGAGAUCUUAUCCCAGCCAUCACUUCCAUCCAGGGAGAAUCCAGCUCUGAAGAUGUUAGUACUGAUGAUGAAGAUGAUUAUGAGGACAAGGAUUCCCAAAUCACCUACUCAUUUGGAUCAGCAAGUCAGGCCAUGAUGCUUAAUCUAUCAGAUUACUACUCUGACCCUCCCGACAAUCAGGUGUCCUCACCUCCCCCAUACCUUCCUGCAUCAUUGCCUGCUACUAUGGGUUCUGGAUAUACGCAGGAAGAAUAUGCGCAGGAAGAAUAUCUUCGGGAACAGUUUGGAGGUGGUCGAUAUAGGGAUACACCAACAGAACUCACUCCACCAAGACUGCAUAGCACCAUCAAGCCAACAUCACGGGAUGUUGCUUGCGCUCCCAGUGACCAGCCCGCUAAUGGCUUCGUUGCUAAUUCCAUUCACUCUGCUGAAAAUAGCCGUCACAAUACUCCUUUGGUUGAGGACGCACCUGUGCAGUGUUCUGUGCAGGUGCAAGAUCUAUUUGCCAACACUUUGGCACCCACUGGCCAGCAGCCGGCUAUGCCUCAAAAUACAGAUGUUUUCCACCAGCAGCCCCAGUAUAGCGCUCCAAAUUCAGACUCCAUGGCUCCAUACAACCUCACGAUACCGUCCAGAGCCCGGCCUUUGUGGUCUGUGCCGUCACCUCUGAUGCAACACAAGGCUCCCAGCACCUCUCCCAGCCCUCUGGCUUCCUAUUCUCAGUUACCAACAUUGCCUCUUCUCAUGCCUGCACUUGCAGGUCCAAGCUCUCAGGGAGGUCUGCAACCUCAAGUGAAAAAUGCUGUGAAUAUGUGUGGGCCGGAUGGGCCCUGGAAUUUUUCGUCCAUAGCGCCAGUCAACUCCUUGCCAGCUCAAGGAGCUGUGCCAAGAACACAUAUCAUCCCGCCAACUCCCAUCAAGCCUGCAGAACUUUUGGCUCCGUCUGCUGCCAGUGGGUCAGGUCAGCAUGCAGUCACGUUCAGUACAUCAACCGCUGGAGGAUCUCAUAUCGAGUCUGAUUUCACGAUGGACGAUGAUGGUGCACCUGUUGGUGGUCGACGUUCAGCAGAGACAAACUCCACACUUGAUGAGGGUUUUGCUGUAUUGGAUACCAUCGUCAUUAACACUGCAAAAAAUACAAACAUGCCUUCCUACCAGAUAAUCAAUCUGUGGAUGAAGAGUUGA